GAGGGUAAAGGGAACAAAGCAGGUGGCUAAUGGGCUGUUUUUCUGUUUCAGUGGAGCAUGACAGAGAGUUUCACCAUCAGCGCUGCCACUACCGAGAGUUCAGGUUUGAUCUCUCCAGAAUCCCAGAGGGGGAAGCGGUGACGGCUGCCGAGUUCAGGAUAUAUAAGGAUUACAUCCGUGAACGCUUCGAUAACGAAACGUUCCAGAUUAGUGUCUACCAGGUACUCCAGGAGCACCCGGGAAGGGAUUCAGAUUUGUUCCUGCUCGACUCUCGAACAAUCUGGGCUGCAGAAGAAGGGUGGCUGGUGUUUGACAUUACUGCAACCAGUAAUCACUGGGUGGUGAAUCCCCAGCACAAUCUUGGCCUGCAGCUAUCCGUGGAAGGCAUUGAUGGGCAAAGCAUCAAUCCCAAACUGGCGGGUCUUAUUGGAAGGCACGGCCCGCAGAACAAGCAGCCAUUCACGGUAGCCUUCUUCAAAGCCACCGAGGUCCAUCUCCGUAGUAUUCGCUCCACGGGAGGGAAGCAAAGGAGCCAGAAUCGGUCAAAAACGCCAAAGAACCAGGAAGCUUUCCGGGUGUCGAACAUUGCAGAGAACAGCAGCAGCGACCAGCGACAAGCCUGCAAGAAGCACGAGCUCUACGUCAGCUUCAGGGACCUAGGGUGGCAGGACUGGAUCAUUGCUCCGGAGGGCUAUGCUGCAUAUUACUGUGAAGGAGAAUGUGCUUUCCCGUUGAAUUCAUACAUGAAUGCUACAAAUCAUGCCAUUGUACAGACACUGGUUCACUUUAUAAACCCAGAGACUGUGCCGAAACCCUGCUGUGCUCCUACACAACUCAAUGCCAUCUCAGUGCUCUAUUUUGAUGACAGCUCCAAUGUUAUCUUAAAAAAAUACAGGAAUAUGGUGGUACGAGCAUGCGGCUGUCAUUAGAUUUGUAGGGGGGGAAAAAAAAAAAGCUGUUAUUUGUUAGGAGUGGUUUUGUAUGGCUAUGUGGGGGUGGGGAAAAGGUUAGCACUCCAGCAAUGGUUUUAAAAAAAUCCCGAACAGUUUUUAGGACUGGGCUUCUGAAAGUUCAGACAAUGGAACAGUUUCUGGAUCUAAGUGGCAUUUGAACACAUUUUGUUUUAGUUUAUUACGGACAAUGAGCUUGUAAACUGAAACAAGCCAGAGAAACCAUUUAAAAUCAAAUCUGCCUACAAAAUUGGCUCCUACAAUACAUACUUUUGCAAAUUAGUCUUUCUGAAGAUUGCAAACUCACCAGUGUUGAUUGUGAGUUAAAAAAAAUAAUAAUCUAUCCAAGGCGAGAAUGUGCUGUGACUAAUAAGUAUGUGUAGUUCCUGUAACACAGUUUGAAAUAAAAUAAGUGAACAAAA